AUGAGUAAAAAUUGUAAUGGUUUGGUGGCAAGUACGUCUACGGCACAAAUGCAUGAACGAAGUCCAUCGAAGACGCCUUCUAAAAAUCAGUCUUCAAUAAAGGGUAAGAACUCUCAAGUGGUCAUUAAUCAACUAUCACCAUUUCUAACAACAAAAAGAUGUAAAAAUCGACCAAGGAAAGCGCUUUAUGAUGUAUUCCUAGGUGGUAGUUGCGGAAAUACUGUGUGGCGUCGCGAUCAGGUGAUACCUUAUUUGGAAAAAAGAGCAAUAAGUUAUUAUGAUCCGCAACGAAGUGUGUGGAAUGAACAUAUGAUUAAUGAAGAAAGUGUUGCCAAAGAGAAUUCAAGUCUCUUUUUAUUCGUGCUUGAUCCUGCUACGGUAAAUGCUACUUCAUUUCUCGAAAUUGCCCAUUUUGCUGCUCGUAAGGCGCCAAAAUUGGUUGUAGUGUUUCUCGGACAAUCAGAAUGGCGAGAUAAAGGCCAUCCAGAUGAUCUUCCAGAUAGGCAACGAACCUGUGAUCUUCUUGAUAAUAUCCUGACUACGCAUAAUGUUCCUGUGUUACAGUCAAUUCAAGAAGCGCUAAGAUACAUCGAUGAAGUAAUUAUCGGUGAGAAAACUUGGUCUGAAGCUAUGUCUAAUCCUUUACAAAGGCUACCUUACUUAAUGCUUUGUGGACGUAGAACAUUUAAGCAUUUAGUAAAGAAAAUUAAAACAACGUGGCUGCUUAUAAAAAAUAUUAUUGCAAGGUGGAGGGGAACUAAGUAUGUAUUGAUCGGUAUUUGUGAAAUUUUAUUGAUAUUAACAAUACAUUGCUUCUUACAUGGUCUACCAAUCCUGUUGAUUCUUAUUCCUGUUAUUGCUCUGGAUGUUAUUCUUGCAAUUACAUCUUUUAUAUAUUAUCGCCAGAAAGCAGAUGAAACUGCAAAACAUCACGCAAAACUUUUGCAGCAGCGUAUAAAUUCAUUUCAUUUACCCAUUUCCAGUCAUUCUUCUGUGCCUUUUAAUGUUAUUCCCCAACAAUUACCACUCACUUAUUCAUCUCAGAAUAAUUCUGGUCGAAUUUGCGAUGAGACAACAACUUUGCCAAAUAAUUUUCUGAAAUAUUGUGCUAUUAGCCAUAAGGAAUGUUUUAACCAAUUGACGUGGCGAAACGGUUUUGAUGUAUUUCUUGGAUGUAGCUCUAGAAAUAAUGCCGAACUUUCUUGGAUACCACAAGUUGCUGCUCCAUUACUGUACAAAAAAGGUAUAUCAUUUUGUUCCGAUUUAAUGGUGGAAAAAAAUAAACGAUUGGUUACUCUUGACAUAUCUCGAAGGAUCCUCUAUCAUAUACCUUCUUGUGAAACAAUUCUUUCGGGCAUGGUCGAAGUCGCUUAUUUUCUUGGACAUACCAAUUGGAGUUUAGUGUUAUGCGUUCCAAAACGAGCGAAGAUGCUUAUUUCUCCUACAAGUAACGAUGAAAUUAGAAGACACAUCGAUCAGCGAAAUGAAUGUUAUCGAAUGGCCUUUUGUUAUCUCAGGGACAUGGCAGAAAGGAGGCAAUGCGAGGUAUUUUCACAUCUGGACGAUGCUCUACAAUUUGUUAUUUCUUGCUCAAAAGAGUGA